UUUUGACAGGUACCAGUAAUCCAGAUCACUUCAGUUGGGUUCAGUUCUCUCUUCUGACUACUCUCAACAGUCAAAUCUCGUGAAAAAACAAUGUUGUCAAAAAAAUUAACCUGUGGAACAUUUUUAACGGUUAUCGUUGUACUAGUGGCUAUUUACUUCAGAACUCAGGAUGAAGAGCUACAAAGUAGAUUGAGAGCUGUUCUUCAUGGGCUUGAAAGACUUGAAACAAAGCAUGGAAUGUCAGCGAGACCACGGGUUGCCAUAGGUUACGGCGCCUGCACUGAUAUAUUCAUAGACACAAAAUAUUUACUGCAUUAUUCUCCAAAAGUUGGAGAACCAAAGCACUUUGAUGAGAUUAGUACUGAGGAGGAGUUACUCAAGAGUUUCGCGUAUUACUUUAGACAUGGCGCAGCUGCCGAACGUUACAUGACUGAUGCGAAUUUAUUCGACGAGCUGGUGGAAAGGUCCAAGUCAUUUCCGUCCUCAUACUCAGCCAUUGGUGGUAAUGCCCCGGUGAUGGCAAUGAGGUUCAGCAAAGAGGGCUGUGACGUUUUGUUAGCUGCCAAAAUGACUCGAUCACUAAAGCUGAUGAUUCCUGAGGGAAUCCAGGUCGUUGGGGGUGAGGUAGAGCGCGAUGAUGUGCAUUUAAUUCUUGAAUACAAAUAUGGCGAGGUCUGGGGACCCUUUACGAGCUCACGGGCCAAUAGAUACAUUCUGCAUAAUGACGCGAAUAAUCCUAUGAUCAGUUCCCUUGAAGAUUUCGAUGAACUUUUACCGGAGUUCCGACCAGACCUGUUCGUUGUCAGUGGACUGCAAAUGAUGGAUAAUUAUCCGUUCGAAAAGGACGUUCGCUCUCAAAGACUGAAUAAGAUAAAACACCAAAUGAUAAAGCAACUCCCAUCCACAAAAGUACACUUCGAGAUGGCCUCAUUUGUCGAGAAGAGUUUGAUGGUAGAACUACAAGACGUGGUGAUCCCUUAUGUCGAUAGUUUAGGAAUGAAUGAACAAGAGGUUGCCAAUUUGUACAACUCCAUGUACUAUGGAAAUGUUUCACUCGUGGCUGACUCAACUCCCAGGGUUGCCACAAUCCUCGACUACAUGAGGGUUUUGUUUAAAUUAAUAAGGCAAAGGGGAGAAGUGAUUGCAAAUUCUAGAAUACUGACUAGGAUUCAUGUGCACACGUUAGCUUAUCAGGCUAUUUUGACGGUGAAGAAAUCAGCCUGGAAGAAUACUAUGGCUGCUGCUGCUAAGGCUUCCCUCGUGGCUCAUCGUCACGUGUGCGGAACUAGUACUAUUGACGUCGCCAAAGCGACUUUGAUAAUGGACGACAGUUUCUCCACCUCGAAAGUAUCGGGCACGAGAAUACCAAUGAACACCGAGAAACCAGUUUCAUGCUGGGACGAAGUCAUAAAAAUAAGCAAUCGUGAUGUUGCAGUUGAACUGUGUGUAGCACCGGUUCUAGUAUGUACUGAAGCUAGUCAAACCGCUGGAGGUGGCGACAACAUCUCCAGCGCUGGACUGGUUCUGCAGAUUUGAAGUCGAAUACUCGGGAAAAGAGAACCAUGAUUUUUGAUAUGUAUUAUGACACGUCAAUUUGAAUAAUGUUCCCGUAUUUAGUUAAGUCUAUUGACAUUGUUUCCAAUUGUUAUUAUAUUAAUCUUGCAUUCCUACGUCACCAAAAUCUCACGAAAGAAUUAAGUAGUGAAUCAUUCCAGCGAAAAUUUUUUGUAAAAAAUUCAAUUCCAUAUUGCUCGAUCUUGAUACGUAGCUUUUAUCAGUUUGAAGAAGUGUGUUUGUGCCAUAGAGUUCGUGUUCUCAUGAUAUUUAAGGGAAAUUUUUUUAUCGAAUACUGAAUCAAUCGAAGAUUAAACGAACUUGCAUUGUGAUAUAAAAUAAGGAAACAAAUUUAAUUGAACGAAUAAAUGCUGCACAAUUAUGUGGCAAUGCUGCCUAAAACCACUGCAAUAUAGCUGAUAAUCAAGUCAUUCCGGUAUUAAAUUCCUGUUUUUUUUUUCGAAUAACAUAAACCAAGAUAGAGUGAAGAAUGUUGGACGCCGUUUCAUUUAACUGCAAACGAUAAAAAAUACAAAGCCAUUUAUUGAUGUUAUCUUCCGAGGCAAAAAAAAAACAUUUUCAAUAUUUCCAAAACAUGAAAUCCCCACUUUUAAAGGGAAAUUCAUGCAUUUAACCUGAUGACCUAAUCAAAGAAACGAACUUGCCUAGAAAUUAACGAAUGUUGUACAGCAACAUUUUGUAACACGAUCGAACAGAAAAAAUGGACCUUCAAUAAAACAGUAUACAACCAUUA